AUGGCAACACAUCGUCCCUCGACAGGCGGGAGGGGACACAUCACCAGGCGGGAGGGGACACAUCACCAGGCUGGAGGGGACACAUCACCAGGCGGGACGGGACACAUCACCAGGCUGGAGGGGACACAUCACCGACACAUCACCAGGCUGGACGGGACACAUCACCAGGCAGGACGGGACACAUCACCAGGCAGACGGGACACAUCACCAGGCGGGACGGACACAUCACCAGGCAGGACGGGACACAUCACCAGGCAGGACGGGACACAUCACCAGGCAGGACGGGACACAUCACCAGGCAGGACGGGACAUCACAGGCAGGACGGGACACAUCACCAGGCUGAGGGACACAUCACCAGGCAGGACGGGACACAUCACCAGGCAGGACGGGACACAUCACCAGGCAGGACGGGACACAUCAACAGGCAGGACGGGACACAUCAACAGGCUGAGGGGACACAUCACCAGGCAGGACGGGACACAUCACCAGGCAGGACGGGACACAUCACCAGGCGGACGGGGACACAUCACCAGGCGGACGGGACACAUCAACAGGCAGGACGGGACACAUCACCAGGCAGGACGGGACAUCACCAGGUUGACGGGACACAUCACCGUGGCGGACGGGACACAUCACCAGGCAGACGGACACAUCACCAGGCAGGACGGGACACAUCAACAGGCAGGACGGGACACAUCACCAGGUUGAGGGGACACAUCACCAGGCAGGACGGGACACACAUCACCAGGCAGGACGGGACACAUCACCAGGCGGACGGGACACAUCACCAUGGGACGGGACAUCACCAGGCAGGACGGGACACAUCACCAGGCAGGACGGACACAUCACCAGGCAGGACGGGACACAUCACCAGGCGGACGGGACACAUCACCAGGCAGGACGGGACACAUCACCAGGCGGGACGGGACACAUCACCAGGCUGGAGGGGACACAUCACCAGGCGGGACGGGACACAUCACCAGGCUGGAGGGGACACAUCACCAGGCAGGACGGGACACAUCACCAGGCAGGAGGGGACACAUCACCAGGCAGGACGGGACACAUCAACAGCUCAGGUUACAAAUAUCCAAUAA